GCACGAUCGGUUGCCGGAAUCACCACCCAAGGAGAGAAAAAAGGGGAAGAAAAAAAAAUGGUCAUCCUCUCCCUCCUCAUCCUCAACAAAGCCGGCGGCUUGAUCUUCCAACGCGACUUCAAUGAAGGCCUCAAGAAGCUGUCGUCGAAUGACUACCUGGUCCUCGCCGGAACGUUCCACGGCGUUCACGCGAUAACGUCGCGUAUCUCGCCCGUUCGGAAUUCGGGUGGGGGGUUGGAGGUUCUGGAGAGUGAUCGGUUUAGGAUGCAGUGUUUUCAGACUCUUACCGGAACAAAGUUCUUGAUUUUUGCGGAACCGAAUCAACCGAAUAUCGAUGUUGUGGUUAAGAGGGUUUACGAACUCUACGCCGACUACGUUAUGAAGAAUCCCUUUUAUCAGAUUGAGAUGCCCAUUCGGUGUGAAGCUUUUGAGAGGAAUUUGGUGGCUUAUAUCAAGCCCAAGUAGUAGGGUUACCGUGCUAUACUGUAUGGCCUGGGAGAGAUUGGGUGGAUGAAAAUAGAAUGGCAGCGAGGGGGCCGGGGGAAAGGGGUGCUUUCGAUAAUACGGGUUUUCAAGAGGGAGUGGAAGGAUUUUUGCUCAUUGUCACUUUCUUCACCGGCGUUUUAGAUUUCACCUUCACACAUACCAUGGUAAUGAACAGUCUGCUUUGAGUGUUUC